ACUCAGGCGCAUCUCAAGGCUACGUUGGAAAACUCAGAAAGUUUCUGCUAGAGCAUUCUUUCAGCUGUGCCUCUUGGGAGUUAGGCAAGCCCAUCAGCAUGCAGGCUCUCGUGGGACUCUUCUGUUUCUCGUUGCUUCUUGCUACAGGAACUUGUCUAGAGUGUGAAUAUUGUUCUGCCUUUAAGGAAGACUGUACUGGCAAAUUACAGCUGUGCGGUGAAGGCCAGGAUACCUGUGCUACCAUCCUAACGGAAACAAUAAUAGGAAAAGCGAACAGCUUUACCGUCGUAAAAUCCUGCUACCAGACCUCCAAAUGCGUUGGGAGCAAGCAAGGGAAUUCCUUUAUAAAAGUCAAUGUGAACAUUAAAUGCAGUUCUUCACCAGCUGGAAAGAUGGGACUUGAAGCACUGGUCCUUGAGAGCAAUGAAUUGCCCGACAAUCAAUUCCUAGUCCGACCCAAAUCUAGGGCUGCUGCAGACCUCAAUGCUAAUGCUGGCAACCGCCAGGGUGGAGAAACACCCAAAACCACUAAAAUACCUGAGAAACCUCCCACUGAGAAACCCAAGCCUCCCACUGAAAAGCCCAAGCCUCCCACUGAGAAACCCAAGCCUCCCACUGAGAAACCCAAGCCACCCACUGAAAAGCCCAAGCCUCCCACUCCCACUCCUACAGGGGAUGCCCAUCAAACCAUCGCAUCCUUUCUCCUGGCUCUCUCUUCCCUUCUGCUAAUGAACCUCUUCCUCUAAAGCAACAGUCCCUUGCGCGAUCUGAGUCCACGCAGAAGCAAACUUCUCAUUUCAGCCCAAACUUUUCUAAAGAGAAUCAUUACUCUGAGGAUCAUAGAAUUCUUUACUGGCCAAGUGUCUCCAGGUGUGUAAGCUCGCAGCGUUCA